CCAGCUUGACUGUUGGCCUUUCUGUCUCUGGAGAACUACCCGACCAAGUUCGUUGAGGCAAAGCGAAGCUAAAAAUCAGACAUGUCAACGCAAAAGCCGCGUCAGUGGAGCGAUGGGAACAUUUCAGAGAGAGUUAGCGACGACCGACGGUGGUUUUGCGCUCCUGUGCGCCAAGAUAAGGAUUCAUAGGACGCGCGUCUUUUCCUGCCCGCGAGCUUGCUGUCUCGCGGAGAACGCCAACUUCUGCGGCGCGUGAUUCCUGCUACACAGCCACCGGUCUGGAGCUCUACACUUGUGUUUUAUAAACUUCACGCAGAAGGGAAUAAUAGCCUCACAUGAACAUUAGAGAGACUUUCCCCGUGUUUUAAUACGGCUUUGCCACUUUACUGAGAGGUGUUAUUCUCUUUUUAACGGAAUUUGUGGUGACAUUUAACGGACAAGAAUUUUGGGGAGACCGCGAACGUCGCGAAUCUGCUGUUACCAAUUACAUUCUCAAAUGAGUUUCACGAGGAUUAUGUUAUUUAUUCAGCAAUUUAUCAAACUAGAUUAUUCAUAAUGUUGUUUUUGAACAAUAUUCUACUACCCCGAAAGCCAAAGAUGAUCGCUAUAAAGAUGACGUUACUGCACUCGCUCCUCGUCGUAUCUCUCCAUCGAGUGUGCGAGUGCAGAAGCGGUGGUAGUGAUCUUGCACCCAGGUUCUCCUCCUCUCUGCCCACGUAUCUCCCCGUGUCCUGCCAGCUGCAGGGUGCUGAGUCAUCCUUCUUUCUCCGGGAGGCCACGCAGGAAGUGAUGCGUAACGGGAGCUUGCAAACACGCAGCGAGCCUCUCUUUCUCCACUUGGUCGAUGCUGGCCCAGCUCCCCUCUUGUCGGUCAACUGUAGCUAUGGCAAUCUCACCGCGGAGAUGCCUGUACCACCCGAUCUCCUCCAGGGGUCGCUGCCUCGCUCCUUCCACACCUCAACACACCUGACACUGAGCUGGAAGGUGAGAGCACACCUGGUGUCCAGGAGGAUAGGAGCGGAUCGUUCACAGAUCCAGGUGUUGUUUUACCUGGGGGGACGCAGGUGGGAGGAUGCGGAUCCUCCCGCGGAACUGUUGCCUUGCGUCCGUGUCGUAGGGUUCCGGGAGCCUGGGGAAGGUUCUGUAUCAGCCGCCUGCCAUCUAGAAGGAAACCUGGGAAUCUGUGUAGCCCAGCUUGGCGUCCCUACGAGCUGGUUCAACCCCCCCCCUCCGCCACGCAGACGAACACAAGAGCCCGUUCCAGUCACUGUGGAGCUGCACUACACCGUAAUUCCUCUGGAGGGCCUCAGAAAAGAAUGUGUAGCAGGUAGGGUGCAAGGGAAGGCCAUAGUGCAGGAGGGGAAUAUGCAGAGGAUUGGGACGGUGAUUCUCGCCACUGGGGAGAAUAAAGAACCCCAAAACAGACUCAGACUGGACAGCGAUGUAGAGGUUGUGGUGCCGCCCAGCCCGUUUAAACAGGGACAGACUGUGGGAUUUCAAGUGCUAAUGAAUUCUGCGGCCACCACUGAGCAGUUUACACUGAGAGUCCAGUAUGGGGAAGGCAUUAAUUUCAUGGUGGUGAAGCCCAGUAAUCUGGCAGCAUGGGAAAUCAAGCAAGAAGUUGUGCCUGGCUCCUCCUCCCUCUCUAUGUUCUGCCAGAGGACAGCUAGCUCCACCAAUGAGAAAUCUGAUGGUUCCUUCUAUGAGAUCAUGUGGGUGGACUUUGAGAUUGACAAUUUCAUCAACCUGCAGUCAUCUCAGUCCGUCCGCUGGCAGAUCGAGUAUCCCUCCACUGGAGCGUCUGCAGAAGUGAUCGCCACCGUCUAUAUCAGUCAGAGAGACAUACAGGGGAUUGUACCCCUCGCUGAGGACACAGAGAUCCUAAACACUGCCAUUCUGACAGGCCGGCGUGUUGCCAUGCCGAUAAAGGUCCUUACGGUGGAAGAGGAUGGAACGGUGAGAGAGGUGGACGACCCCGUGACCUGCAUUUCCACAGAUGAGGACGUCCUCAAGGUGUCUCUUGGCUGUGAUGAGGUGUUGGUAAAUGGAAAAGAAAUGAGGGGGCGUGUCUCACUUCAAGUGAACUUCACCUACCUCUAUUUGACCAGCCAAUUAGAGCUCACCGUGUGGGUGCCGCGGUUACCUCUCCAGAUUGAUGUUUCUGACGUAGAACUUAGUCAAGUGAAAGGAUGGAGGGUACCUAUAAUCACUAAUAGAAGGCCGACGCGUGACAGUGAGGAUGAUGAGGACGAUGAGAGGAAGGGCAGGGGCUGUGCCUUGCAGUAUCAGUUUGCUCAGGUGCGAGUUCUCACACACUUCGUAGCCGAACCAGCUGACCCUGGUGGGGAGCUUGUGCACAUGCUGGGUUCUGAUUGGUCAGCUGACAUCACGGAGAUGGUCCUAGACUUCCUAAAAGUGGAGGACACACGCAUUGCUCGGCUGAUUGAUGGGAGGGUGCUGGUGGGACGAGAUAUGGGCAUCACCACUAUACAGGUGAUAUCCCCUCUGUCUGACUCUAUUUUGGCUGAAAAGACGGUCACAGUGCUGGAUGAUAAAGUGACUAUUACUGAUCUGGGAGUUCAGCUGGUAGGCUCUCUGAGUCUCUCUCUGCAGCCCAGUACCACCAACAACAGAGCCUUCUACAUCACGACCACUGCUCAGGACCUGCUGCACACACCAAAACAAGAAGCCGGCAUCAGCGCAUGGAUUCAAUACAGCGAUGGCUCCGUAACCCCUCUUGACAUCUACGACCCCAAAGACUUUACCCUAACUGUCACCUCACUGGAUGAGACCGUGGUGUCCACCUAUCAGGAGCAAGGCCAGCGCUGGCCAGUGGUAGUGGCGGAGGGAGAGGGCCAGGGGGCGCUGUUGCGAGUAGAGAUGAUGAUCUCUGAAACCUGCCAGAAAUCAAAGAGGAAGAGCAUAUUGGCAAUGGGUGUAGGGAGCGUACAGGUGAAGUUUGGACAGAAUGAUCUGGAGCAGAGGAGUGGAACUCGAGACGAAAACAAUCUGGACAACAGCACGAAUGAACAGAAACAUAAGGUUGUGGAAGCUGAAAAAACUAGCGGAGGAGACAGCUGGAAAUUAUCUAACACAGCGGUGGACAGAGAAGAGGGAUCCCUUAAGAAAGUAAGCACGACCACACGGACUACGCUAAACAGUCAGACCGGAGGCAAUAAGCAAAGCGGGGGGCAAAACAACAACCCUGUCGACUACACCAGUUACCCUGCGCAGGUGGACCUACCCGGCGGGGCGGAAAGUGACCUGACGCAGAGUCCAAGAGGUUUAUCUGACCUGGAGAUCGGCAUGUACGCCCUACUUGGAGUCUUUUGUCUGGCUAUCCUCGUCUUCCUCAUCAACUGCGUGAGCUUCGCUUUCCGUUACAGUCACAAACAGCUUCCUGUACUGGAACAGGGCAACAUGAACCACGCACACGAUUGGGUGUGGCUCGGCAACGAAGCAGACCUGAUGGAUCACCACGGUGAACACGGGCCGCUUGCGCACAGCGACGAGUGCACGACGGCGAUAGAUCGAAACGAGGGGUGUGAGGAAAGCAAAUACCUUCUCAACGGGAGCGGCGUCCAAAAAAGCAGCUCCCUGCAUGGGCGCGGCAUACCCCACGCGCACCCCGACCCGCGGCCGUGUUCCGGAAACGACCCAGCGGGGAAAGUGGAACCCCUCAACAACUCGCCCAGUGCCGCAAAGCGCAAGAGGGUCAAGUUUACUUCGUUUGCCACCGUGCUCCCUGACGAAGGUGGGCCGUACACCAACUCCAUCCUCGUUGGGAAUGAAGACAAUAUAAAGUGGGUCUGCCAGGACAUGGACUUGGGACAGUCUGCCGAGCUCAGAAGCUACAUGGAGAGACUGCAAGACAAUCUGUGAAAGGUGGGAAAAAAGAGAGAGCGAAAGGGAGAACUAGAAUGGACACACACAAACUCACCAGAAAUGCCUUUGCACUAAGGGAGGAGGGGGAAACGAGGCGUGUUGCUAAAAGAGAACUGCAACGGGAUACGUGUAGGGAAUAGAAAAAAGAAAGUCUGGAGGAAUAAAAUCCACGGGGAGUCCAGAGUUAAGUAGGAAUUUCACAGAAAGGGGAAACGGGUAAAAAGAUACUGGCACGUUCCUACAGUCUCUGACAAGUAGUCCAGGUGGCGCAAAGAGAGCAGCUGCCAAUUGGCUAGCACCGGGACAGAACACCAGUUACCGACACCCAGAAUAAACAAGUCUAAACAAGACCAGAGAGAAAGGAAAGAUAGGACACAAACCUGACAGCUGUACAGACAAAUUAAAAGUCAAUGAUGGGGUUACCACUAAUGUAAUGUAGUUUCUGGUUUAUUUAGAUAAACGUUCAGGUUACGGAUGAAUACAACAGAUCUUAUUUUUAAGAUAAUCCCUGGCUUUUUUCAAAUGUAGGUAGACCACAACAGGCUGCCACGGACCCGGUGUAAGUUUGUUUUUUAACGCUCAUUUUGUACCACCUGUCCUCCUGCGUGGAUUCUGAGAGACGGGGAAUGUGGGAAUCCCAGGCUGGGAUACCAGUUGUAUUAAAGUCUAUGUGCUGUUAUUAAAGUCUAUCAGAAACUCUAAAACCCCGUAGGAAUAAAAACACUGGACACAACAAUAAUGAAAAGUAACAUAAGAAUAGAAAAUACUCUGAAGUGAAUGUGGAAAUACAGGAUUGUGGACUUCUUUUAAGCCCCAUUGGGAAGUUGUUCAUUUGCACAAUAAAAUUCAUGUAAAAAUUCUGUUUAUAAAGUGGCCGACACAUCUGAACUGUACCGUGUCUGACUCAGACUUACAACUUGAUUUGUAAAUUUCCGGACAGACCGCGUAGACAUACAAGCCCACAAAGCGAGUUGUGUUUCUUCUAAAACCAUAUGAUCUGCUGUGAUGGAUGAAUAUACCGAAUAGAAAUGAUCUAUGACUCUUCAGUAUGGUAAUCGUACGAAUGUCUCUCUUUUAAUCCAGGCGAAAAGUCCAUCAUCCUUUUUUACACUUCCCUGUGGUUUUUACAUGUUUUAGGUUUUAAAGCAACUUUCAAUUUCUUAUUCACCAACUUCACAUUACCCGAUAUCCUGAAUCCUUGUUGUUUAUAUUAUUGAAGAGUUGUAGAGGAGGACAAAAACAUGACCUUCUCUUUGAAUGCUCAGGUGAAAAUACGCUCACAGAUGAGAAGUGGUAGAGUUGAAAUGUAGAUUGUAAGAAUGCAAUAUUUAUUUGUAAGUGUAACAUGAGAUAGGAUGUAAAUAAAAUGAUUCAAAAUUUUGUGUGGACACUACGAGACGGCUACACGUGUACAUUUUCACAUUCGACAAGUUACGAGUCGGUGGGACGACUUCAAUGUUUCACAUUCUAGGUUAAGGUCUGAUUUCCUCGGGGGGAAUAAAAAUAAGCUUUGAUAUAUUAAGCCAUGUCAUGGGUUUUGUCAGGACUUGCACAUUUUCCAUUUAUUCUGGAUUCAAUCUUUUCCUUUUAUAUAUUAUUCCAGUUCAUUUCAAAUGUGUUUGAAUACUUAAAGCUAUACUAAAGGUGCUCAGAAUUGCUCUGAUGUGACAAAAGCAGCGCACGACUCCGUUGGUUUGAUACAAAUUAUGCGGUACGAAGGCUGUACUGGCAUGUGUCUAAAUUUAAAAAGUAAUGGUAAAGGACCGAAAGUUUGACUUAAAGGAACAGUUCACCCAAAAAUGAAAACCUGUCUUCAUUUACUCACCCUCAGGUUGUUCACAGAGAAAGAUAUUUGGAAGAAUGCUUGUAACCAAACAGUUCUUGGCCACCAUUGACUACCAUAGUAAGAAAAAUUGCUUUAUAUAUUUCUUUGUUCUGUUGAACACAAAAAAAUAAUUUGAAGAAUGUAGGAAAGCAAACAGUUCUGGCGCACUUUUGACUACCAUUGUCAUUUUUCCUACUUUGCUUGUAACCUAACAGUUCUCGGCCACCAUUAACUACCAUUCUUCCAAAACUCGUUCUCUGUGCUCAUCCCAACAAAGACAUUUAUCGGAUUUGGAACAACUCGAGGGUGAGUAAAUGAAGAAAGAAUUUUUAUUUUUGGGUGAACUGUCCCUUUAAGCAACACGCUGUCACGCUAGACGUUUUGUUCCACUGACUUCCAUUCAUACACAUGGGAAUGCGUUACACCGGAGAUGUGAAAUUUUCUGAGUGAGUUCUGACCUGUGAAUUCAUAUCACAUGACAAUGUGUGACCGUGAAAUAUCAAUAGGCCAUGGUAUGAUCUUUUUGUUGAAGGAAAUGCCUAAUACUAAUAAUAAAAUUGCACAAUACAGUGUUGUACAAUAGAGCUUUAAAAUAACGAAAACAACAAUAAACAGUACAUUAUAAUCUAUGAUGUGCAGAUAAAAAAACAUUUUCAUCCAAAAAUAUUCUGGUUGCUACCCAUAUACGUUGGUCUCUGCGUAGAAAUGUAGUAUUUUGAAAGUCUAGCGUGACCACGGCAUUAGAGAUUCCCAGAAAUACGUACUGUAGUUUCAUUUUUUCAUGGGAUCACUUUGUCAUUUCCGCUGUGAAGUUUCGUUCUGUCCUGGCCUUGAUUCUUUACAUCAGAAUGACAGUUUUUUCUUAUUAACUCGCUUGGUUUAAGCACUAGUAUAUCCUGGUAUAUUGUCGGUUGUGACUGUAAAUUAUGGAGAAUCCAUAUAAUAGAAUGUGAGAGAGAGAUGUCGUGCUCAUAUUUCAAAGCCUUCGCUGACAUCUCUUUAACCAGUCUGUAACAAUAAACCGUUUCUUUGAGAUCAUUCACCAUACCCAUAAGACCUUCGAUGCCCUGUCAUAAUGUCUGAUGAUUCAUGGACUCAUCUUUUUCAUGCAGUAUUCACUCGGUAAUAUUCAGAAUUCUUUUAGCUAACCUAUUCCUAAAUCCUCUGUGAUCAGCAUUUUCUCACAAGCCCAAUCAUAUCCCUGUAUAUGAAUCCCUGUUUCCAUAUAAAAAUAUUCCUCUGAUAAAUCCGCGUUGUUCAUGUAUACAAAUCUAUAUUUUUCACAUAAAUAUAUUUUAGCGUCUAAAAAUGACACGAUUUUGUAGAAAUGUAUAGGUUUAAAGACCACAAAUGACGUAACUGAAGAACCAACACUUGUUAAUGUCACUUCCAGGUAUUUUCUCAGUAUUAUGAGCAUCAUUCUGUCUAUAUUACAGUUGUUCUCUGACAUUAAAGUUGUU